CAGGGGCUUAGCCACCACCGAGGAGGCCCAGCUUUUGAUACAGCUGGAGCCACACCUGGCGAACAAGAUGGCUGUAGAGGGACGGGCCCAUUCUCUGAGCCUGUGAGGGGCAAGGCGCCCUGAGGCCCAAAGAUGGGGAACGUCACUGCGGAGAACGGCUCACUGUGCGCCAUCGACCACACCAUCCACCAGACUCUGGCCCCGGUGGUCUACAUCGUGGUGCUGGUGGUGGGCUUCCCGGCCAACUGCCUGUCCCUCUACUUCGGCUACCUGCAGAUCAAGGCCCGGAACGAGCUGGGCGUGUACCUGUGCAACCUGACCAUGGCCGACCUCUUCUACAUCUGCUCGCUGCCCUUCUGGCUGCAGUACGUGCUGCAGCACGACCACUGGUCGCACGGGGACCUGUCCUGCCAGGUGUGCGGCAUCCUCCUCUACGAGAACAUCUACAUCAGCGUGGGCUUCCUCUGCUGCAUCUCCAUCGACCGCUACCUGGCCGUGGCCCACCCCUUCCGCUUCCACCAGUUCCGCACGCUCAAGGCGGCCGUGGCCGUCAGCGCGCUCAUCUGGGCCAAGGAGCUGCUGAGCAGCGUCUACUUCCUCAUGCACAAGGAGGUGGUGGAGGACGGGGACCGGCACCGCGUCUGCUUCGAGCACUACCCCCUGGAGCCAUGGCAGCGGGGCAUCAACUACUACCGCUUCCUCGUGGGCUUCCUCUUCCCGCUCUGCCUGCUGCUGGCCUCCUACCAGGGCAUCCUGCGGGCCGUGCGCCGGAGCCACGGCACCCAGAAGAGCCGCAAGGACCAGAUCCAGCGGCUGGUGCUCAGCACCGUGGUCAUCUUCCUGGCCUGCUUCCUGCCCUACCACGCUCUGCUGCUCGUGCGCAGCCUCUGGGAGGCCAGCUGCCAGUUCGCCAAGGCCGUCUUCAACGCCUACCACUUCUCCCUGCUCCUCACCAGCUUCAACUGCGUGGCCGACCCCGUGCUGUACUGCUUCGUAAGCGAGUCCACGCACCGGGACCUGGGCCGCCUCCGGGGGGCCUGCCUGGCCUUCCUCAGCUGCGCGGGCCCCGGCCGCGCCCGGGAGGCCUACCCACUGGGCGCCGCCCAGGCCUCGGGGAAAAGCGACGAGCCCGAGCUGUUGACCAGGCUCCACUCGACCUUCCAGACCCCGAACUCGCCCGGAGCCGGGGGGUCCCCCGCGGGUGGCUUGGCCUAGCCGGGCUCUCGCCGUGGGGGGCCAGGUGAGGCCCGAGCUCGCCGUCGGGGCUGCCGCCGCCGGCCUCCCCGCU